AUGACGGGGACCUACAGGCGUUGCCAAAGACGGAAUUGCAGUUCGCUUUUGCUUGGAAUAUUUUGUUUGCUUUUUGUCGGAAAGCGGGCCUUUGCUCAGAUUCGAUACGUGGUUCCAGAAGAGGCGAAAAAAGGAUCAAUUGUUGGAAACGUCGUCAAGGAUCUUGGUCUUGAUGUUUCAUUGUUAUCCAGUCGACGUUUUCGUGUUGUCUCCGGAUCAAACGAAGCAUUGUUUGAGGUGAACCAAGACACCGGGGAUCUUCUUGUACAAAAGAAAAUCGACAGAGAGGAUCUGUGUCAGGGGAGUGGUGCGUGCUUAAUGGACCUAAAAAUUUUAGUCGAAAACCCUUUGGAAAUGCACUAUGUGGUUGUGGAAAUCGCCGACGUGAAUGAUCACUCGCCGAGCUUCCCUGAAAAGGAGCAAGAGUUUGACAUAUUUGAGCAAACAUUACCAGGGGCCAGAUUUCAGCUGCACGCUGCUCGUGAUCCUGAUGCAGGAUCCAACUCCGUUCGCAAUUAUAUAUUAACACCGAACGAUCAUUUUGAAUUAGAUAUUCGUCAGAGUGAUGAUGAUAAAAUACCAUUCUUGGUGCUAAAAAAAUCGCUGGACAGAGAACAAAGAACGAAUCAUUUGCUACAUUUAACAGCGGUCGAUGGUGGUAAACCUCGCAGAUCAGGGAGUCUGAAUAUUUCUAUAAUUGUUCUCGAUAGCAAUGAUAACCGUCCAAAAUUUAGCCAGGACACGUACGAAAUUGAAAUACAGGAAAAUGUUCCGUUUGGCACGCUGCUAUACAAACUAAAUGCGACGGAUCCAGAUGAAGGCACAAACGGCGAAAUUGAAUACAGUUUCGGAAAAACACUUAAGAAAAAAGUUUACGAAAUUUUUGAGCUCGACAAAAAAACAGGAGAUAUGAAAGUCAAGGGAAUGCUGGACUAUGAAGAACAUGACGUUUAUAGACUGGAUGUUGAGGCAACAGAUAAAGGGACGCCACCGUUAAAGGCCGUAUGUCGCGUUAAUGUAAAGAUAAAGGAUAUGAAUGACAAUCUGCCUGAAAUUGAAAUCACCUCCGUGUCAAACACUGUGUCUGAGGACUCAAAGCCUGGCAGUGUGAUAGCUCUUCUUAGUGUUACAGAUAAAGAUUCGGGUCAAAAUGGGAAAACAACUCUAAGCAUAUCAUCAGAUGUUUCUUUCGAACUAAAGCCAUCUUUCAAGGAGAACAUUUAUUCAGUUGUGACGAAAAACAUUUUAGAUCGGGAAGAAAUGUUUGAAUAUGAGAUUACAAUAACAGCGACGGACUGCGGUGACCCUCCACUGUCACAUAAGAAAACAAUAAAAAUACGGAUAUCUGAUGUAAAUGACAAUAGUCCCAUUUUCCCCCAAAAUCCAUUGCAAUUUUACCUUUCAGAAAACAACCCCGCAGGCAUGCCGAUAUUUUCUGUCAGUGCCGGAGACAAAGAUGCGAACGGAAACGCAGAUAUUUCAUAUAAAAUUGCGAAAGAAGGCAGUAAAAAAGACAUUUUGUCAUUUAUAAACAUAAACGCUGAAAACGGCCAAAUAUCUGCGCUGAAAAAUUUCGAUUUUGAAACUCUGAAAACUUUCCAGUUCCAAGUUGUCGCCACUGAUUCUGGGACUCCGUCACUCAGCAGCAACGUCACAGUGAACGUGUUCAUACUGGAUCAGAACGACAACGCUCCAGUCAUCCUGUAUCCACUCAGCUCCAAUGGUUCUGCUGAAGGUGUGGAGGAGAUUCCACGCAACGUGAACGCAGGACACUUGGUGACUAAAGUCAGAGCCUAUGACGCUGAUAUAGGAUAUAAUGGCUGGUUGCUGUUUUCACUGCAGGAAGUUACUGACCACAGUCUGUUUGGUUUGGACCGAUACACUGGACAGAUCAGAACACUUCGCUCAUUCACAGAGACAGACGAGGCUGAACAUAAACUGGUCAUACUGGUCAAAGAUAAUGGCAACGUUUCACUAUCAGCAACAGCUACCGUGAUUGUUAAACUGGUGGAGCCAAAAGAGGCUUUUGCAGCUUCUGAUGUUAAAAGUGCAGCAAAUGAUGAUGAUGAUGAUAAUCAAGUGACUUUUUAUCUGAUGAUCACUUUGGGUGCAGUUUCAGUUCUAUUUAUUAUCAGUAUCAUUGUGCUGAUUGCAAUGCAGUGCUCCAAAUCCACAGACUACACUUCUAAAUAUCUCCAAGAGACUAAUUAUGAUGGGACACUGUGUCACAGCAUCCAGUACAGAUCUGGAGACAAACGCUACAUGUUAGUUGGACCCAGAAUGAGUAUUGGAUCAACUAUUGUACCUGGAAGUCAUGCAAACACGUUGGUGCUACCUGACAGGAGGAGGGCAACUGAAGAGGUAAUGUUUGUUUUAAAUUCUAAUAUGUGA